AUGCGGAUUUUGGUGUUUCAAACGCCAAAGCUGACGUAUGUCCAGACAUUGGAGUUUUUGCUGCGAGAGACUUCUGAACAGAAAGUGGAUCUGGCCAUUUUGCCCGAGUUUGCACUUGAACAUCCCGCACAAUGCAGCAACCAAUCGGAACUUUCGUACGACAACGUGUCCAUUAUGAUGCUUUCGCGUGUGGCGAAGCAUCGACAAAUGUUUGUGGUGCUCGGGAGUGUGGAGGAGCGUCAACCUACAGGGGUGUUUGACACCUGUGUGGUGUUCAACCGGUCUGGAGAGAUCAUUCUACAAUACCGGAAACAUGGCUCGGAUCGAAACUCCUUUGAGACUGAAUAUGGUACAGUGGGAGUUUUGCUGGGAGCUGAAGUGGAGGAUGAGAGGUGGUCCACGCUGUUGGCACUGUCACCGUCCCUGAUCUUGAAUCCCUGCAAUGCCCCUAUGGAACUGGACACUGCUCUAGCAAAAGCACACCCCGAGCUUCAAGUCGCCGCUUGGCACAAAGGCUUUCGGCGCACGGAAGCAUCGGUGCAAAGCCGUCUCCGCACAGUCUCUGGCCAUGGCGGCCCUGGUUGCGUCUUCAUUCGUUCAGAUGCACCUCUGCGGCAGGGUGGCGCUGGCUUGUCGAUGUUGGUAGAGGCCAAUCGAUCAGUGCUGGCACCAAGCUGGGGAGCGUGUUUUUUCUUGCUGGAAAUUGGAGUUGGUGCACGCAAGUUGCCCAAGUGGCGAACGUUGACCGUGGAUGAACUCAUCAAGGCCGCUUCACAGGAUCGUGAGAUUUUGAAGUGUGACACGGUCGAAGUGGGACCACGCUAUCGAGUUUGGACCCUGCGUACACCAACAUUGGCAAAAGCUGCUAUGAUCCAACGAGCUGAGUGGAGCAGCCUUUGGCUUGAGCCCGAGACUGAGGCUCUUCCUGCCAAACUGGUACAUCUGUCUUCGUGUUUUUUGUGGCCCAUCCUAACCCGAGAUGGGCGACAAGUCUAUGUGGUGGCCGAGAGCAGUCCUCCCAUCAUCACCCUUUGGGAUUUGCGUCAUCGUCGAGAGUGGCAAAGCUUUGAAAGUGACGCCUUUGCCGAGAUUACGGCGCUGGGAGCAGGGCCAACCUAUGCGCAGUUCGCGGUCGCUGGGCACACGGAG